AUGCGUCUGGCGGCACACGGUCAGGCGCUCCACUACCAUGAUAAGGAUGCCGUCGGGAAUGUGGCAGAGCUUGUAUCUAAGACACCACAGCGGAUAGAAUCGGUGACGUAUGGGUUUGCACCGUGCUUCAUCAACACCGACGCAAAGAUACAAGUGCCUGGGAAGUUCAACCACGGGGGAGCUCGCCGUGGGCCCAAGUACGAGGCACUGAAGAAUUCGGGAGGGCAGCGCGACGGACCGCUCGCAAGUGAGGAUGGGCUGGGGUUGGCAGCACCUGCGGAGGAGACGGUUUUUGAGCUCACCGAGGACCUACUGCCCAUCCGUGAGUGUGAUGCCGAUCUGAUGGAAGACCUGCCCCCAACCGACCACCGCGAUCAGUGUGACGGGCUAGAGGAAGGGCUGGGGGGGCAGCAAGGCCAUGGGGUCCAGGGCAUAGGGGUGGGGGUUGGAAGUGGAGGGCAAGAAGGCAUUGGGAUGAAAACAGGGCUGGGAGAAGGGGGAACUGGGCCAGAAGAGGUGGGGGUCGGAUCGGUACUGGAGGAAGGGGGGCGGGGGGGAGAAUGCCCUGGGAUGGGAACGUCCUUGGAGGUAGGGGUGGGGGUAGGAAUGGGAGGUCAAGAAAGCGCUGGGAUGAGAACAGGGCUGGGAGAAGGGGUUGGAGUGCCGGAAGGGAACGUUGUGGCCGGAACAGCACUGGAGGAAGGCGAUGGGGUUGAGGGUCUUCUACAGGAGCCUCCAACUGACGAGGGGGUUCGGUUGCACGAGCUCGAGGAGGGGUGUCCUCAGGCCAGCGGAGUGGGAAAGGGAUGCGGGGCGGGAGAAAUGGGAGGGGAGGCACAAGUAAUGAACGGGGGUGGAGUGGGAGGGCAAGGAGGGGAGGAAGGUGUACCCACCGUGGGGGAAAGAGAUGCGGUUGGCGUGGGGGGAGAGGAGGAAAGAGGAGACAUGGAAGAUCUGGAGUGGGAGGAUGUGGAUGAGAUCUAUUUCUCCUCCCACCCCACCGUCGCUAGUACCUUCCACCCAGCCGUCGCUCUCCCUCCCAUUCCCGUAUCCUCUCCCUCACUUUCCGCCGUCACCUCUCCCUCCCACUCCGCCAUCGCCUCUCUCUCCCACCUCACAAUCACUCCGUUCCACCCCGCCAUCUCCUCUCCCUUACCUCCCCGCCGUCGCCUCUCCCUCCUCCCCGCCGCCGCCACUCCCUCCUCCCCGCCGUCGCCUCUCCCUCCUCCCCGCCGCCGCCUCUCCCUCCUCCUAGCCGUCGCCUCUCCUCCUCCCCGCCGUCGCCUCUCCGUCCUCCCCGCCGUCGCCUCUCCCUCCUCCCCGCCGUCGCCUCUCCCUCCUCCCCGCCGUCGCCUCUCCUCCUCCCCGCCGUCGCCUUUCCCUCCUCCCCGCCGUCGCCUCUCCCUCCUCCCCGCCGUCGCCUCUCCCUCCUCCCCGCCGUCGCCUCUCCCUCCCUCCCGCCGUCGCCUCUCCCUCCUCCCUGUCGUCGCCUCUCCCUCCUCCCUUCCGUCGCCUCUGGCGACAGGUGCACGAGCGCAAGCGCGAGUUGGUGCGCGAGGGCGGGUCGAUGCGCGAGCUCGGAAGGGUGCGCGAGCGCUGUUUGGUGCGCGAGCGCGGGUUGGUGCGCCAGCGAGGGUUGUUUUCUGA